GAGAGAGAGAGACAGAGCAGGGUAGAGGUUGAGAGAGAGGGUUAACGGGAGCAGACGGAGACGAUGUGGCUCAAGGUGACAGCGCUUCUGCUCGCACUACAGGGCUGCGUGGCCGUGUUUGUGGAAAGACAGGCAGCCUCCCAGGUUUUGGUGCGUAACAGAAGAGCCAAUCAACUAUUUGAAGAGUUGAAACCAGGUAAUCUGGAGAGGGAAUGUUUAGAGGAAAUAUGUGACCACGAAGAGGCCAGGGAAGUGUUUGAACAGGCGGACAAGACGGCAAUCUUUUGGAAGAAAUACAAGAUCUGUAAAGGUGACUCGCUGCCCAGAGCUCCGGCCGUCGUCGAAACAGUGCGAGAAUGUAUUUCAGGCCAGUGCGCAGUUGGGUCGGGUCUGAACUACGAGGGCGAUGUAAACAUCACUGUGUUUGGAAAAGAAUGUCAGUCCUGGAAGAGCAGCUUCCCCCAUCCCAUAAUAAGGGAGUUUAACUCCUCAGACCCCACCAGUAAUCUGAAAGAGAACUACUGCCGUAACCCUGACGACCAGGUCUCGGGCCCCUGGUGCUUCACCCGGGACCCGACCGUCCCCCGAGAGCCCUGCCAAGUCCCCAUCUGUGGCGAGGCAGGCUACUUCCCGUCCACCGUGGCUCCGAGGACCGCCCCCCCUGCCGAGUGUUUGACCAAUCAGGGGUUAGACUACAGCGGGGACGUGUCGGUGAGUCUGGGAGGCCACGCCUGCCUGGACUGGGCGUCGCCCCGUGCCCGCGCCCGCAGCGUGAAGAUGCAGUUCAUUCCAGAGGUCAGGUUGCCAGGCAACAAGUGUCGUAACCCCGACGACGACCCAGAGGGACCGUGGUGCUUCGUAGAAGUUUAUGGCAAUGUGUCGGUUGACUACUGCGACCUGCAGCUGUGUGAUGAGCCUCUCCAGAGCGCCGUGGUGCAGUCAGAGGGACGUGAGCGCUCGGUCCUCGGAGACAAAACGGCCGCCUUCUUCUCAGUGUCAAGUUUUGGUAGCGGAGAGGAAGUGUGCGGAGAACGACCGCUCUUUGAGAAGGUCCAGAAGGAGGAUGCCAAGGAGAGCGAGCUGCUCGAGUCGUACCAGGGGAGUCGGAUCGUCGGGGGUGACGAUGCUGAGGAGGCAUCGUCUCCAUGGCAGGUGAUGCUCUACAAGCGCCAGCCCCAGGAGCUGCUGUGUGGGGCCAGUCUGAUCAGUGACCAGUGGGUCCUGACCGCGGCCCACUGCAUCCUCUACCCUCCCUGGAACAAGAACUUCAGCCCCGGGCAGAUCCUGGUCCGCCUGGGAAAACACAACCGGGCUAGGUAUGAACAAGGUCAGGAGAAGAUUGUUCCUAUCGAUGAAAUCAUCGUCCACCCGAAGUACAACUGGAAGGAGAACCUGAACCGUGACAUCGCCCUUCUGCACCUCAAGAGGGCGGUGCAGUUUGACGACCGCAUCCACCCCGUGUGUCUGCCGUCCAAGCAGGUCGCACAGAAGCUGAUGUUCGAGGGCUAUAAAGGCCGUGUGACGGGAUGGGGUAAUCUGAAGGAAACGUGGAACCCUUCCUCCAAGAACCUCCCGGCCGUGCUGCAGCAGAUCCACCUGCCCAUCGUGGACCAGGACACCUGCCGCGCCUCCACCAGCGUCCGCAUCACCGACAACAUGUUCUGCGCUGGGUUCAAACCCGGGGAGACUCAGCACGGAGAUGCCUGCGAGGGAGACAGUGGAGGGCCCUUUGUGAUGAAGAACCCAGACGACCAGCGCUGGUACCAGAUCGGCAUCGUGUCGUGGGGAGAGGGCUGUGACCGCGAUGGCAAGUUUGGCUUCUACACGCACCUGUUCCGCAUGCGGCGCUGGAUGAAGAAGGUGAUCGACAAGGCUGGAGCCGACGACGAAUAGAAACACACUGAGUUCAAAUCAAUAAAGGUCUUUCCAACACA